UUCAAAUGCAGGAAAACCCAAAGAGCACACCAGUGAAAUGCCAAAAGAUAAGAAUAAAAUUAGAAAACCCGGGAGACUAAAGAAAAUUAGUAAGCUGGAAGGACAGAAAAAAAAAUCAACACAAUUAAGAUUAUCAAAAAAGCUGGAAGACCAGAGAAGAUCACAAGAAAUUUCACCAAAAAUCGUCGAAAGACAAAGAAAAUUAAUUAAUUAG